AUGGUCGGGACAGCGUUCCUGGGGAUAGUGAAUGCUGGUGCGUGGUGGGAGUCCGCGGUUGUGUAUCAAAUAUAUCCGCGCUCCUUCAAAGACUCGAAUAACGACGGCGUCGGCGAUUUAAACGGUAUUACGUUGAAGCUACCGUAUCUGAAAGACCUAGGCGUGGACGCAAUAUGGAUGUCCCCGAUCUUCAAAUCACCUAUGCAAGACUUUGGCUACGACAUAACGGACUACAGGGCUAUCGAUGAGACAUUCGGCACAAUGCAGGACUUUCAUGAGCUUAUGAAACAUGCAAAGAGAUUGGGUAUCCGAGUAAUUUUGGAUUAUGUACCAAAUCAUACGAGUACCUCAAGCGAAUGGUUUAUUAAAUCAAUUCGUAACAAUGACACUUAUGCCGAUUACUAUAUAUGGGCGAACGGCACCACGGACGCAAACAACAACCGUAUACCGCCAAAUAAUUGGAUAAGCAAAUUCCGCAAGAGCGCGUGGGAGUACAAUGAAGAUCGCAAGCAGUACUACUUGCAUCAGUUUGUUAUUGGACAGCCUGACCUCAACUAUCGUCACCCUCAAGUUCAGGAGGAAAUGAAGGAUGUAUUACGUUUCUGGCUGGAGAAAGGCGUAUCUGGGUUUCGUAUCGAUGCAGUCAAUAUGUUGUUUGAAGUCAAUCCCGCAGACUACGGUGGAAAAUACCCAAAUGAGCCGCUUUCUAAUGAACCUGGAUAUGGACCCGAUGACUACGAGUACUUGACCCACAUUUACACUAAAGAUCAAAACGAGACUUACGAUGUGGUGUACGACUGGAGGACAGUUCUCGACCAAUACGAAGCCAAAGAUAAUGAGUCGAAGCUGAUGAUGACAGAAGCCUAUACUGACAUAGAACACAUGAUGCGUUACUAUGGCAACGCAACCAGGAACGGUUCCAUACCAUUCAACUUUGUGUUUCUCGGAGAAUUGAAUGGAACUUCCACCGCUGCACAGAUACAAUCUACCAUCAACAAAUGGAUGCAGGCCAUGCCGGCUGGAAAGAUUGCUAACUGGGUUAACGGGAACCACGACCACAGCCGAAUGGCGACGAGGUAUGGCGACAACAGAGUCGAUGCCAUGAACAUGUUGGCUCUUCUGCUCCCCGGUGUCACGAUCACAUAUCAGGGUGAAGAGCUGGGAAUGACUGACGGAGAAAUUAGCUGGGAGGAGACAGUAGACCCUCAAGCUUGUAACACAGACGACCCCUUGCACUACCAAGCAAAGAGCCGUGACCCAUGCCGUACACCCUUCCAUUGGGAUAACUCCACGAACGCUGGGUUCAGCACCGCUAACAAAACUUGGCUCCCGGUGGCUUCAAAUUAUGCUACUGUUAACGUAGCCAUCGAACAAGCUGCAAACAGAAGCCAUUACAAAUUCUACAAAGAUGUUGUCGCUUUGAAACAUACUUCUGCUGUGAGCACCGGCGCACUAAAUACUACGGUGCUUUCAGAUAAUGUGCUAGUAAUCACCAGGUCACUGCCAAACGUUACCGUGGUGGGUGUCGUCAACUUGGCCAACAGCACACAAGACGUUGACCUUAAUCCCAUAAGUGUUGUGCCGAAGAAGCUGACAGUAGUUGCAUCCGGAGUCUCGUGCACACUUGAGAAAGCGUUCGAACUGGAGAGGGGCAAUCUGUCCAUGCCAGCAUAUUGCGCCAUCGUCCUGGAGGGAGUAAAUAACGCCUACAGAAUUACAGCGACCUCAAUCUUUUUGUAUAGCAUUUUUAUACUUUUCAUGAAAUAG